AUGAGCGAAGACCUACUCAAUGAGAUUGAGGCUAUCAAUUCCAUAUACGGCGAUGACUCGCUAGUAGCCGACGGUGUAAACAUGGGAAGCGAUGGUGCCGUCUACGUCCUGCACCUACAAGCACAGCACGUCUCUCUGAGAAUCCAGUUUCCGAGCAGCUAUCCCAAAGUACCACCAUCGGUGUUGGGUGCCCACAGCUCCGGAGAACGAAAGGGAGAAGCCGCACAAGUUGUGGAACGAUUCCGCAAGGCUGUUGGCCGAGUUUUCCAACCGGGUGAGGUUUGUCUGUUUGAUGCCAUCGAGGAUGUGAAUACCGAGCUUCCAGUCGUCAGCGCGACGGAAGACACCAUUCCUCCCGAUGAUAGUCUAGAUUCUUUCGAGUCAGAUUGCACUACAUUCCCACCAGCAGAUGAAUCUGUCCAUAUGGAACCUCCUUGGGCUCUCUCUGAUGUGGUAGUCGAAAUGAAAUCCGUCUUCGUGGCCAGAAGUUCGGGGGUCCCUUCGCCAGAUCAAGCAGCAAAGUACCUCCAACAUCUUCUCGAUUCUGACAAGAAAGUUCGAUCCGCAACACAUAACAUAACGGCGUGGAGGAUCCGAGGAGAGAAUGGGGUGACAUUUCAGGAUUGUGAUGACGACGGGGAAACAGCUGCUGGUGGGCGCCUUCUUCACUUGAUGCAACUCAUGGAGCUAUGGGAUGUGAUGGUGGUUGUAACUAGAUGGUAUGGUGGUCAUCAGCUUGGGCCUAAACGAUUCAGCAUCAUCAAUGCCGUGGCAAGAGACUCAUUUGUCAAAGGAGGUUUUUUCAAGGAGGAGAUAGCCACAAAGAAAAAAGGAAAGAGAUGA